AUGAUUCAGACGCUGUUCAUGUCCCGGGACGACCUUCUCAAGCUGCACGAAGUGAACCCGGAGCUAUUCCGGGAGGUGCUGAAUCAUGUGGUGGUCACCUGGCGCCCCGGGGCCUUCUCCGGAGCCCCGCUGCGCCCAGCUUUGGGGCUGGGUCCGGGUCGUGACGACGCCACCGUCGUCGUUAGGGCCUUUGUGCCCGCCCUCCGAGACAUUUGUGAGCAGCACGUAUCCCUAGAGUGCCUGGACAAUCAACUUGUGAAGUCUGCGCAAUAUGACGAGAUGGUGGAUUUUGGGGAGGACCUGCGCGAGGUCGCUUUGCAGAGAUGCCUGCAGCUGCAGCAGGUAGCACGCCGACUGGGGUCGGGGUGUGCAAGCCGUGGGGGUGGUUAA